UGCAUGGACGCCUCUGCUCUGCUUUCAUUCACACAUUUUAGAGAACAGAUCUGAAAGUCUGAAUCAUUUGGACGUUUUGAAACAGUUGUCAUGUCAAAGGGGCACGUUCCGCUCACCCAGAACCCUCUGGAGAAAACCUGGGUUCCAUGGAUGAACAGCAGACUGAGCAAACGGAGAGGAUCGUCUGUGCCUCAGUUCACAAACUCUCCGACCAUGAUCGUGAUGGUGGGGCUUCCCGCCAGAGGAAAGACUUACAUCUCCAAGAAGCUCACCAGGUACCUCAACUGGAUCGGGGUCACCACCAAAGUGUUUAACGUGGGUCAGUACAGAAGAGACGCCACGAAAACAUACAACAGCUUUGAGUUCUUCAGACCAGACAACUCUGAGGCCAUGAAGAUACGCAGAGCCUGCGCCAACGCUGCUCUGAAGGACGUGUGUGAUUACUUCAGCAGAGAAAUGGGACAAGUUGCGGUUUUUGACGCCACCAACACGACCCCUGAACGCAGAGACCUCAUUCUGAGCUUCGCCAAAGAAAACGGAUACAAGGUUUUCUUUGUGGAGUCCAUUUGUGACGACCCUGAAAUCAUCGAAGAGAAUAUUAAACAGGUGAAGCUGAGCAGUCCAGACUAUGUGGACUGUGACAAAGACGAGGCUGUGGAGGACUUCCUCAAGAGGAUCGAGUGUUACAAACUGAACUAUGUGCCCCUGGACGACCAGAAGGACAGGAAACUUUCGUACAUAAAGAUCUUCAACGUGGGGAGUCGGUACCUGGUGAACCACGUCCAGGACCACAUCCAGAGCAGAAUCGUGUACUACCUGAUGAACAUCCACGUCACCCCGCGCUCCAUCUACCUGAGCAGGCACGGAGAGAGCGAACUCAACCUGCUCGGGAGGAUCGGAGGAGACUCGGGCCUGUCUACACGAGGGAACAAGUACGCUCAGGCUUUGGGGAAGUACAUGAGCGGUCAGAACAUUAAGGACCUGAAGGUUUGGACCAGUCACAUGAAGAGGACCAUCCAAACGGCCGAGGCUCUGGGAGUGCCCUACGAGCAGUGGAAGGCCCUCAACGAGAUUGACGCCGGAGUGUGUGAGGAGAUGACGUAUGAGGAGAUCCAGGAUCACCACCCAGAGGAGUUUGCUCUGAGGGACCAGGACAAAUAUCGAUACCGCUACCCUAAAGGAGAGUCCUAUGAAGACCUUGUACACCGUCUGGAGCCUGUGAUCAUGGAGCUGGAGCGUCAAGAGAAUGUUCUGGUCAUCUGUCACCAGGCUGUGAUGAGGUGUCUGCUCGCCUACUUCCUGGACAAGAGUGCAGACGAGCUUCCGUACCUGAAGUGUCCUCUCCACACAGUCCUGAAGCUCACCCCAGUGGCCUACGGUUGUAAAGUGGAGUCCAUUUACCUGAACAUAGAAGCAGUCAACACGCACAGAGACAGGCCAGUGAAUGUGGACGUGGACAGAGACCCAGAGGAGGCGCUGGAGACCGUCCCAGAGCACAAUUAAACAGCCCCCUGCCUUAAACCUUUGUAACUGUACAGAACACAGACUGUUUCCUAAACCACACCCGUCUAUGUCACUGUAGUCUCAUCGUGAAUGCACUUUACGAAGCCGGACUCAGGUGCAACGAUGCUUCUCCAAAUGUGAAAUCAACCACAUGAAAACUACUGGAUCAGCUACACCUUAAUGUUGCUUUUUUGUUCACAAACAAUCUGAAAAUCCCAGAGUUUUAAGAUUUGUCAUGAUGCUGUGAAAACUGUUUUGAAUCCUGUGGUGGAGUUUGUCUUGUAACUGUCAGACACAGAUUUGUUAACCUGGUUUAUGGUUCAUCUUUGUAAUUACUGGGCCUAUCCACAUGAAACGAAACCUGGCAGAAAGUUUAAAGUCUUAUCUGUAAGUAUAAAUAAACUAAGGUGUUAGGGACAUUGGAGGAUGGGAGGGCAUCUGACAUAUGGCAACUGUAUGUGCCAAGCCAAAUAUUUAGAUAAUUGGCACUUUAAAACCCCAUAAUGCCAAAUUGUGCCUAAUAUUAAAAGCACAAAUAAAAAAUAAAAAAUAAAAAAUGCAUCUAAAUAAAGGUCAGUUGAGUGGUUGAAGGAAA